AUGCCCUUCGACACCAGCCUCCGCAACACCCUCAUCUUCCUUACAAUCUUCAUCUUCGCCUUCUUUCCCACACUCUUCCAACUCCUCCUUGCACCAAUCUACCUCCCGCUCCGCCUCCUCGGUGCCGACUUCUCCUACCCAACACCCCCAGCUUCCCUCUACCCAACCUGUGCCUGCUGUCCUCCCGCGUCCUGCCCGACACCUACAACCCCAAUUCAAGAACCACCACCACCACCCACCAUGUCCUCAGCCUGGUUCCAAAAAACCCUCACCCUCCCCUCCAAAUCCCGCGGCUCCUACCUCAUCACCUCCACCAUCGAAAAAGAGCUCCCGGAAAUCAAAUCCUACCGCGUCGGGCUCCUCCACCUGUUCAUCCAACACACCUCCUGCGCCCUCUCCCUCAACGAAAACUGCGACCCGGACGUCCGGACCGACAUGAGCGACGCCCUCGACCGCGUAGCACCAGAGGACAAGAAGGGGGAUAUGUACCGGCAUGAUGCGGAGGGGGAUGAUGAUAUGCCGGCGCAUAUUAAGAGUUCGCUCGUGGGGACGAGCGUGACGGUGCCGAUCAGUGAGGGGAGGUUGGCGACGGGGACGUGGCAGGGGAUUUGGUAUUUGGAGUUUAGGGCGAUGAAGCAUAGUAGGAGGGUGGUGGCUACGAUUCAGGGGGAGAAGAUGUGA